CAGAUUGGCUGCGUGGGCCACGCACGUCACCAGGAGCCACCAAAGCCCCUCGCUCUCACCCAGUGCUGCUCAGGAGGGAAGACUGGAGAGCCUUUGCUCCAAAGGAUAUUUACUGGAUGUCGCUGGUCUGAAGAAACAGAGAGAAAAAACCCACAAGAGCUUAAAAAAAACCCAACCCCAGAGCAUCUCUGUAGGCUGAUGCUGGGAAAGCAGAAAUUGCCUCAUUAACCUAAGUGAGUGGGGGAGAGACAGAAGCAAACCCUCAGAAUGGAGGAAGAAGAAUAUGAGGAAGUUGUGGAGUACUACAUUGAGGAGACAGUUAUUGAGGAGGGUGAGCCACACGAGGUGGUCACAGAGAUCACUGAGACCAUCAGCACAGAGUACUCAGUCCCUGAGACCACCACAACCACCACGUACACAGCUGAGCACACCCAGCCCUCCGUGGAGGAUGCAGCUCCUCCCAUCAGGAAGAAAACAAUCCGGACAAAAGUGGACCCAUCCAAGUUUCUGACACCUUACCUGGAACACAGCAAUAAAAUGAAGGACUUAUUCAGUGAGAACAAGUACAAGGAAAAAUUCAGAAAAGAAAAAGGAAAGCCAUAUGCUUCCACAGUCGAUACCCCAGAAAUCCGGAGGAUCAAGAAAGUGCAGGACCAGCUCAGUGAGGUUAAAUACCGCAUGGCUGGGGGAGUUGCCAGAACCAUUUGCCACGUGGAUGAAAAGGCCAUGGAUAUAGAACAUGCAAAGAAAGUGUCACAGCAAGUGAGCAAGGUAUUGUAUAAACAGAACUGGGAGGAGAAUAAGGACAAGUACCUGCUUCCCCCUGAUGCUCCAGAGCUUGUGAACGCAAUAAAAAACACAGCAAUGUUCAGCAAGAAACUCUAUACUGAAGACUGGGAUGCAGACAAAACGUUGUUUUAUCCCUACAAUGACAGUCCAGAGCUCAGAAGGGUGGCACAGGCUCAGAAGACUCUGAGUGAUAUUGUCUACAAAAAGGGGCACGAUGAAAGGAAAGCAAAAUUCACCUCUCUGCCAGACCCCCCUGAUGUGGAACAAGCCAAGAAGGUGUCACGGCAGCUGAGUGAUGUUAUUUACCAUGAGGACUAUAAAAACAAAAUCAAAGGCAAGUGGAGUCAAACUCCGUGCUAUGACGUGGCAGUUGCAAAAAUGAAUGCAGAAAAUCUAAGUAUGAGGAAAUACCAGGAAGACUUUGAAAACAUGAAAGACCAAAUCUACUUCAUGCAGACUGAAACUCCAGAAUACGAAGCCAACAAACGAGCUUCAGAGAACGUCAGCAAGUUCAAAUACAGAGCAGACUAUGAAAAGAAGAAAGCUGUUGCAGAUUAUAAUGUGCUCCCUGCUACAGAGAACCCAUUGCUGAAGCAAUUAAAAACUGCAGCAAAUAUUCUGAGUGAUAAAUUAUACAAAGAAGCCUAUGAACAGUCCAGAGGAAACAAGAUGAAUUACUGUGAGACACCCAAGUUCCAGACUGAUGCUGCUCUGAAGAACUUUAGUGAUGUUAAGUAUAAAGAUGCAUAUCAGAAGAAUAUUUUGGGGCACUACUUGGGCAGCUUUGAGGACCCUCACCAAAUCCACUGCAUGAAGGUUGAAGCUAUGAAAAGUGAUAAAAAUUACAAAGCAGAUUAUGAGGAGGAAAAGACAAAGUGCUACUUCCCUCAGACCAUAACUCAAGAGUAUGAAGCAAUCAAGAAGUUGGAGCAAUGUAAAGAUUACACCUACAAAAAGCAUCCUGAUCAAACCAAAUUCACUUCAGUGACUGACUCUCCAGUACAGAAACAAGCAGAGAUCAACAGCAAACAGCUGAGUGAUAUUUUGUAUAAAUCUAAAGGGGAAGAAAUUAUUCACAAGUACCACCUCCCUCCUGAUGUGCCCCAGUUCAUCCAGGCUAGAGUCAAUGCCUACAACAUCAGUGAUGCUAACUACAAAGCAGACUGGAAGAAAACCCUUGCCAAAGGCUAUGAUCUGAAGCCAGAUGCCAUUCCAAUUAUUGCUGCUAAAGCUUCUCGGAAUAUUGCAAGUGAUUACAAAUACAAGGAAUCCUAUGAGAAAGACAAAGGCAAACAGGUCGGGUACCGGAGCCUGCAAGAUGAUCCCAAACUUGUGCACUACAUGAACGUGGCCAAAAUCCAGUCGGAUCGGGAAUACAAGAAGGAUUAUGAAGUCACCAAGACCAAAUAUCACGCUCCUCUGGAUAUGUUCAGUGUGACAGCUGCCAAGAAAGCCCAGGAAGUGGUGACAAACGCUGGCUACAAGCAGCCAAUUCACCAUUACACCCUCCUGCCUGAUGCUGUGAACCUGGAGCUCUCCAAAAAUGUGAUGCAGCUUCAGAGUGAUAAUCUGUACAAAUCUGACUUCAAUAACUGGCUGAGAGGAGUUGGCUGGGUCCCAAUUCAGUCACUGGAUGUAGAAAAGGCCAAGAAAGCCACAGAGAUUCUCAGUGAGAAGAAAUACCGCCAGCAUCCCGACCAGCUCAAGUUCUCCAUCCCCAUGGAUGCCAUGGAGCAAGUGCUGGCAAAGCAAAAUGCCAAGACCAUGAACAAGAGGCUGUACACAGAUAAGUGGAACAAAGAGAAGACCAGCAUUCAUGUGAUGCCAGACACCCCAGAAAUCCUGCAGUGCAAAGUGAACCAGAUGACCAUGAGUGAUAAACUUUACAAAGCUGGAUGGGAGGAGGACAAGAAGAAGGGUUAUGACUUGCAGCCAGAUGCAAUUCCAAUAAAAGCAGCCAAGAGCUCCAGGGACAUCGCCAGCGAUUAUAAAUACAAACUGGCCUACGAGAAGGCCAAAGGGAAGCACAUCGGCUUCCGCAGCCUGGAGGACGACCCCAAGCUGGUGCACUUCAUGCAGGUGGCAAAGAUGCAAUCUGACAGGGAGUACAAAAAGGGUUAUGAGAAGGCCAAGACUAACUUCCACACUCCAGUUGACAUGGUCAGUGUGGUGGCAGCCAAGAAAGCCCAGGAAGUAGCUACAAAUGCAAACUACAAGAACUUAAUCCACACCUACAACGUCCUGCCGGAUGCUAUGAGCAUUGAACUGGCCAAAAACAUGAUGCAGUUACAAAGUGAUAAUCAAUACAAAGCAGAGUAUGAUGAAACUAUGAAGGGUGUUGGGUGGCUCCCACUGGGCUCCCUGGAAGCUGAGAAGAACAAAAAAGCCAUGGAAAUCGUGAGUGAGAAGAAAUAUCGCCAGCAUCCAGACAAGUUGAAGUACUCUGUUCCUAUGGAUUCCAUGAACAUGGUCUUGGCUUUAAAUAAUGCCAAAAUCAUGGAUGAGCACAAGUACAAACAAGCCUGGGAAGAAGACAAAAAGAAAAUUCAUAUCACCCCAGAUAUUCCACAGAUUGUUUUAGCAAAAGCAAAUGCAUUCAAUUUAAGUGAAAAAAUGUACAGAUCUUCAUUUGAAGAAACCAGGAAGAAAGGAUAUGAUCUCAGGGCUGAUGCUAUUCCUGUCAAAGCUGCCAAAGCUUCCAGGGAUAUUGCCAGUGAUUAUAAAUACAAAAUAGGGUAUGAAAAAGACAAAGGGAAACUCGUCGGCUUCCGCAGCCUCCAGGAUGAUCCCAAACUUGUCCAUUGCAUGCAAGUGGCCAAGAUGCAGUCGGACAGGGAGUACAAGAAGGCCUAUGAGGCGAGCAAGACUCAUUACCAGACACCUUCUGAUGCCCUCAGCGUGGUGGCAGCCAAGGAGGCCCAGGACCGUGUCACCAACACCAACUACAAACGCCUGAUCCACCAGUACAUGCUCCUGCCAGAUGCAAUGAGUCUGGAGCUGUACAGAAACAUGAAUCAGAUCCAAAGUGAUAAUGAGUACAAGCAGGAUUACAAGGAGUGGUUCAGGGGCAUUGGUUGGAGUCCCAUUGGUUCUCUGGAUGUGGAGAAAUCGAAGAAAGCCACGGAGAUUGCGAGCGAUCGGAAGUACCGCCAGCACCCCAGCAUGUUCCGCUUCACCAAACAGAACGAUGCCAUGGACCUGGUCCUUGCCAAGCAGAAUGCAAAUAUCAUGAACAAACAUGCUUAUACCGAAGCCUGGGAGAAGGAUAAAACUCAGGUCCACGUGAUGCCAGACACACCAGAUAUUCUACAAGCCAAACAGAACAAGACAAACUACAGCCAGAAACUCUACAAGCUUGGCUGGGAGGAAAUGAUAAAGAAAGGCUAUGACCUCACACCUGAAGCCAUGUCAGUGAAAGCUGCCAAAGCUUCAAGGGACAUUGCAAGUGAUUUCAAGUACAAAGAAGGAUACCGCAAGCAGCAGGGACAUCACAUCGGGUUCCGCAGCCUGCAGGAUGACCCCAAGAUGUUGUGGUCCAUGCAAGUAGCUAAAAUGCAGAGUGAGAGGGAGUACAAGAAAGACUUUGAAAAGUGGAAGACCAAGUUUAAUAUGCCUGUGGAUAUGCUGGGCUUCCUUCUGGCCAAGAAGUGUCAGGAGCUGGUCAGUGAUGUGGACUACAAACACAUACUGCACCGCUGGACUUGUCUGCCAGACCAGGUCGAUGUCACCGAGGCAAGGAGGGUCAACGAGCUGCAGAGUGAUAACCUGUAUAAGUCAGAUCUGCAGUGGCUCAGAGGCAUUGGAUGGAGUCCUUUGGGAUCUCUGGAAGCUGAAAAGAACAAGAAAGCUUCUGAAAUACUGAGUGACAAGAAGUACAGGCAGCACCCAGACACAAUUAAGUUCACAAGUAUCCCAGAUGCCAUGGAUGUUGUUUUGGCAAAAUCUAAUGCCAAAAAUAGGAGUGAUAUACUCUACAGGGAAGCUUGGAACAAGGACAAGACUAAGGUUCACAUCAUGCCUGAUACUCCUGAAAUUUUGUUGGCUAAAUCAAACUUGAUUAACACAAGUGAUAAACGUUACAAGGUAGGAUAUGAAGAGCUGAAGAAGAAAGGCUACGACCUCCCUCCUGAUGCCAUCCCCCUCCAGGCAGCCAAGGCAUCCCGAGACAUAGCCAGCGAGUACAAAUACAAAACUGCAUACAGAAAACAGCUGGGCCACCACAUUGGGGCCAGGAACAUCGAGGAUGACCCCAAGAUGAUGUGGUCCAUGCAUGUGGCCAAGAUCCAGAGUGACAGGGAGUACAAGAAGGACUUUGAGAAGUCCAAGACAAGGUUCAGCAGCCCCGUGGACAUGCUGGGAGUGGUGUUGGCCAAGAAGUGCCAGGAGCUGGUCAGUGAUGCCGAUUACCGGCACCCUCUGCAUCGCUGGACGUGUCUGCCGGACCAGAACGAUGUUGUCCAUGCCAAGACAGUGUACGACCUGCAGAGUGAUAACGUGUACAAGUCUGACCUGCAGUGGCUGAGGGGCAUUGGCUGGUCCCCAAUUGGAUCACUGGACGUCGAGAAGAACAAGAGGGCGAGUGAGAUCCUGAGUGACAAGAAGUAUCGUCAGCACCCAGACACCAUCAAAUUCACCAGCCUUCCUGACUCAAUGCCCAUGGUGCUGGCAAAGCACAACUCCAAAAUCAUGGACCAACGCUCAUACAUCUCAGCUUGGGAGAAGGACAAAACCAGCAUUCACAUCAUGCCAGACACCCCUGGGAUCCUGCUGGCCCAGCAGAACAAAGUGAACUUCAGCGAGAAACUGUACAAGCAGGCGAUGGAGGAGGAGAAGAAGAAGGGCUACGACAUGCGGGCAGAUGCCAUUCCCAUCAAGUCUGCCAAAGCUUCCCGGGACAUUGCCAGUGAUUACAAGUACAAGGAAGGGUAUCGCAAACAACUGGGCCACCACAUUGGGGCCAGGAACAUCGAGGAUGACCCCAAGAUGAUGUGGUCGAUGCAUGUGGCCAAGAUCCAGAGUGACAGGGAGUACAAGAAAGCCUUUGAGAAGUCCAAGACCAACUUCAGCAGCCCCGUGGACAUGCUGGGAGUGGUGUUGGCCAAGAAGUGCCAGGAGCUGGUCAGUGAUGCCGAUUACCGGCACCCUCUGCACCGCUGGACGUGUCUGCCAGACCAGAACGAUGUUGUCCAUGCCAAGACAGUGUACGACCUGCAGAGUGAUAAUGUGUACAAGUCUGAUCUGCAGUGGCUGAGGGGCAUUGGCUGGUCCCCAAUUGGAUCAUUGGACGUUGAGAAGAACAAGAGGGCGAGUGAGAUCCUGAGUGACAAGAAGUAUCGUCAGCACCCAGACACCAUCAAAUUCACCAGCCUUCCUGACUCGAUGCCCAUGGUGCUGGCAAAGCACAACUCCCAAAUCAUGGACCAUCGCUCGUACAUCUCAGCCUGGGAGAAGGACAAAACCAGCAUUCACAUCAUGCCAGACACCCCUGGGAUCCUGCUGGCCCAGCAGAACAAAGUGAACUUCAGCGAGAAACUGUACAAGCAGGCGAUGGAGGAGGAGAAGAAGAAGGGCUACGACAUGCGGGCAGAUGCCAUUCCCAUCAAGUCUGCCAAAGCUUCCCGGGACAUUGCCAGUGAUUACAAGUACAAGGAAGGGUAUCGCAAACAGCUGGGCCACCACAUUGGGGCCAGGAACAUCGAGGAUGAUCCCAAGAUGAUGUGGUCGAUGCACGUGGCCAAGAUCCAGAGUGACAGGGAGUACAAGAAAGCCUUUGAGAAGUCCAAGACCAACUUCAGCAGCCCCGUGGACAUGCUGGGAGUGGUGUUGGCCAAGAAGUGCCAGGAGCUGGUCAGUGAUGCCGACUACCGGCACCCUCUGCACCGCUGGACGUGCCUGCCGGACCAGAAUGAUGUUGUCCAUGCCAAGACAGUGUAUGACCUGCAGAGUGAUAAUGUGUACAAGUCUGACCUGCAGUGGCUGAGGGGCAUUGGCUGGUCCCCAAUUGGAUCAUUGGAUGCUGAGAAGAACAAGAGGGCGAGUGAGAUCCUGAGUGACAAGAAGUAUCGUCAGCACCCAGACACCAUCAAAUUCACCAGCCUUCCUGACUCAAUGCCCAUGGUGCUGGCAAAGCACAACUCCCAAAUCAUGGACCAACGCUCGUACAUCUCAGCCUGGGAGAAGGACAAAACCAGCAUUCACAUCAUGCCAGACACCCCUGGGAUCCUGCUGGCCCAGCAGAACAAAGUGAACUUCAGCGAGAAACUGUACAAGCAGGCGAUGGAGGAGGAGAAGAAGAAGGGCUAUGACAUGCGGGCAGAUGCCAUUCCCAUCAAGUCUGCCAAAGCUUCCCGGGACAUUGCCAGUGAUUACAAGUACAAGGAAGGGUAUCGCAAACAGCUGGGCCACCACAUUGGGGCCAGGAACAUUGAGGAUGACCCCAAGAUGAUGUGGUCAAUGCAUGUGGCCAAGAUCCAGAGUGACAGGGAGUACAAGAAAGCCUUUGAGAAGUCCAAAACCCACUUCAGCAGCCCCGUGGACAUGCUGGGAGUGGUGUUGGCCAAGAAGUGCCAGGAGCUGGUGAGCGACGCCGACUACCGGCACCCUCUGCACCGCUGGACGUGCCUGCCGGACCAGAACGACGUUGUCCAUGCCAAGACAGUGUAUGACCUGCAGAGUGAUAACGUCUACAAGUCUGACCUGCAGUGGCUGAGGGGCAUUGGCUGGUCCCCAAUUGGAUCAUUGGAUGCUGAGAAGAACAAGAGGGCGAGUGAGAUCCUGAGUGACAAGAAGUAUCGUCAGCACCCAGACACCAUCAAAUUCACCAGCCUUCCUGACUCAAUGCCCAUGGUGCUGGCAAAGCACAACUCCCAAAUCAUGGACCAACGCUCGUACAUCUCAGCCUGGGAGAAGGACAAAACCAGCAUUCACAUCAUGCCAGACACCCCUGGGAUCCUGCUGGCCCAGCAGAACAAAGUGAACUUCAGCGAGAAACUGUACAAGCAGGCGAUGGAGGAGGAGAAGAAGAAGGGCUACGACAUGCGGGCAGAUGCCAUUCCCAUCAAGUCUGCCAAAGCUUCCCGGGACAUUGCCAGUGAUUACAAGUACAAGGAAGGGUAUCGCAAACAGCUGGGCCACCACAUUGGGGCCAGGAACAUUGAGGAUGAUCCCAAGAUGAUGUGGUCAAUGCACGUGGCCAAGAUCCAGAGUGACAGGGAGUACAAGAAGGACUUUGAGAAGUCCAAGACAAGGUUCAGCAGCCCCGUGGACAUGCUGGGAGUGGUGUUGGCCAAGAAAUGCCAGGAGCUGGUCAGUGAUGCCGACUACCGACACUACCUGCACCAGUGGACUUGUCUGCCAGACCAGAAUGAUGUCAUCCAUGCUAAGCAAGCCUAUGAGCUCCAGAGUGAUAACUGCUACAAAUCUGACCUUGAGUGGCUGCGGGGCAUUGGCUGGGUCCCAAUUGGUUCCUUGGAAGUUGAGAAGGCCAAGAAGGCAGGAGAGAUCCUGAGUGACAAAAUUUACCGCCAGCACCCAGACACCAUCAAGUUCACCAGCAUCCCAGAUUCUCUCCCAAUGGUGUUGGCCAAGCAGAAUGCAGACACCAUGAACAAGCGUUUGUACACUGAGGCCUGGGAUAAAGACAAGACACAAAUCCACAUCAUGCCUGACACGCCUGAAAUCACACUGGCAAGAGAGAAUAAGAAGAACUACAGUCUGAAACAAUACAGGCAGGCCAUGGAAGAUUCAAAGAAGAAAGGCUAUGAUUUGAGAGCUGAUGCCAUCCCCAUCCAAGCAGCCAAAGCAUCCAGGCAAAUUGCCAGUGAUUACAAGUACAAGGAAGGGUACCGCAAACAGCUGGGCCACCACAUUGGGGCCAGGAACAUCGAGGAUGACCCCAAGAUGAUGUGGUCCAUGCACGUGGCCAAGAUCCAGAGUGACAGGGAGUACAAGAAGGACUUUGAGAAGUCCAAGACAAGGUUCAGCAGCCCCGUGGACAUGCUGGGAGUGGUGUUGGCCAAGAAAUGCCAGCAGCUGGUGAGCGACGCCGACUACCGGCACUACCUGCACCAGUGGAUCUGUCUGCCCGACCAGAACGACGUGAUCCACGCCAAGCAAGCCUACGAGCUCCAGAGUGAUAACUGCUACAAAUCUGACCUGGAAUGGCUACGGGGUGUUGGCUGGGUCCCAAUUGGUUCUUUGGAAGUUGAGAAAGCCAAGAGAGCAGGGGAGAUCCUGAGUGACAAAAUUUACCGCCAGCAUCCAGACACCAUCAAGUUCACCAGUGUCACGGAUUCCCUGGAGAUGGUGUUGGCCAAGCAGAAUGCAGACAUCAUGAACAAGCGUUUGUACACUGAAGCUUGGAACAAAGACAAGACCUCGAUUCAUGUCAUGCCUGACACCCCAGAAAUCCUGCUGGCCAAACAGAACCGAGUGAACUACAGUGAGAAAAUGUACAAACUGGCUUUGGAGGAGUCAAAGAAGAAGGGCUAUGAUUUGCGAUUUGAUGCCAUUCCCAUUCAGUCUGCCAAAGCCUCCAGGGAGAUUGCCAGUGAGUACAAGUACAAGGAAGGGUAUCGGAAGCAGCUGGGCCACCACAUUGGGGCCAGGAACAUUGAGGAUGACCCCAAGAUGAUGUGGUCAAUGCACGUGGCCAAGAUCCAGAGUGACAGGGAGUACAAGAAGGACUUUGAGAAGUCCAAGACAAGGUUCAGCAGCCCUGUGGACAUGCUGGGAAUUGUGUUGGCCAAGAAAUGCCAGCAGCUGGUGAGCGACGCCGACUACCGGCACUACCUGCACCAGUGGAUCUGUCUGCCUGAUCAGAACGACGUGAUCCACGCCAAGCAAGCCUACGAGCUCCAGAGUGAUAACUGCUACAAAUCUGACCUGGAAUGGCUACGGGGUGUUGGCUGGGUCCCAAUUGGUUCUUUGGAAGUUGAGAAAGCCAAGAGAGCAGGGGAGAUCCUGAGUGACAAAAUUUACCGCCAGCAUCCAGACACCAUCAAGUUCACCAGUGUCACGGAUUCCCUGGAGAUGGUGUUGGCCAAGCAGAAUGCAGACAUCAUGAACAAGCGUUUGUACACUGAAGCUUGGAACAAAGACAAGACCUCGAUUCAUGUCAUGCCUGACACCCCAGAAAUCCUGCUGGCCAAACAGAACCGAGUGAACUACAGUGAGAAAAUGUACAAGCUGGCCUUGGAGGAGUCAAAGAAGAAGGGCUAUGAUUUGCGGUUUGAUGCCAUUCCCAUUCAGUCUGCCAAAGCCUCCAGGGAGAUUGCCAGUGAGUACAAGUACAAGGAAGGGUAUCGGAAGCAGCUGGGCCACCACAUUGGGGCCAGGAACAUUGAGGAUGACCCCAAGAUGAUGUGGUCAAUGCACGUGGCCAAGAUCCAGAGUGACAGGGAGUACAAGAAGGAUUUUGAGAAGUCCAAGACAAGGUUCAGCAGCCCCGUGGACAUGCUGGGAAUUGUGUUGGCCAAGAAAUGCCAGCAGCUGGUGAGCGACGCCGACUACCGGCACUACCUGCACCAGUGGAUCUGUCUGCCCGACCAGAAUGAUGUGAUCCACGCCAAGCAAGCCUACGACCUGCAGAGUGAUGCUGUUUACAAAUCAGACCUGGAAUGGCUGAGAGGCAUUGGAUGGGUUCCUAUUGGCUCCUUGGAGGUUGAGAAAGCCAAGAAAGCUGGAGAAAUCCUCAGUGACAGGAAGUAUCGGCAGCCUGCGGACAAAAUCAAAUUCACCAGCGUGACCGAUUCCUUGGCCAUGGUCUUAGCCAAGCAAAAUGCUGAGAUCAUGAACAAGCGCUUGUACACGGAAGCCUGGGAUGCAGACAAGAAGUCCAUCCAUGUCAUGCCUGACACACCAGACAUUCUGUUAGCAAAGGCCAACGCAGCCAACGUUAGCAAAAAACUUUAUAUACAAGCCUGGGAAGAUGCCAAAAAGAAGGGUUAUGACAUGAGAGCUGAUGCAAUUCCAAUCAAAACUGCAAAAGCAUCAAGAGAUAUUGCGAGUGAUUACAAGUACAAAGAAACCCACGAGAAGCAGAAAGGCCACUACAUCGGAUGCCCCAGUGCCAAGGAUGACCCCAAGCUGGCGCAGGCCGCGCACGCCAUGGCCCUGCAGAACGACCGCCUCUACAAGAAGGCCUACAAUGAUUCCAAGACCCAGAUCCACAUCCCUGUGGAUGCCCUGUCAGUGCAGGCAGCAAAGGAGUGCCAGACCCUGGUCAGUGACAUUGACUACAGGCAGUACCUGCACCAGUGGACCUGCCUUCCUGACCAGAACGACGUGAUCCACGCACGGCAGGCCUACGACCUGCAGAGUGACGCUGUGUACAGGUCAGACCUAGAGUGGCUCCGUGGAAUUGGGUGGUUGCCCAAUGACUCUCCAGAAAUUAAGAGGGUGAAGAAUGCCCAGGAUCUCCUGAGUGACAACGUGUAUCGGACCCCCAUUGACAGCGUGAAGUACACCAGUGUUGUGGAUUCCCCAGAUGUUGUUCUGGCCAAAACCAACGCUGAACAGAUCAGCGCUCAAAAAUAUAAAGAAGCCUGGGAAAAGGACAAGACUAUGAUCCACAUCAUGCCAGACACUCCUGAAAUCAACCUUGCCAAGGCUAAUGCUGUUAAUUACAGCCAGAAACAAUAUAAAGGAGCUUGGGACGAGCUGAAGAUGAGCUACGAUUUGAGAGCAGAUGCCAUUCCAAUCAAGACAGCCAAGGCUUCUAGAGAGAUUGCCAGUGAUUACAAAUACAAGCUGGAGCACGAGAAGCAGAAAGGACACUACGUGGGAGUGCCGAAUGCAAAGGGAGAUUCCAAAAUCCAGUUUGCCCUGGACGUGGCCAAAGUUCAGAGCGAACGAGAGUACAAGAAGCACUUUGCCAAGCAGAAGACCCAGUGCCACCUGCCAGUGGAUAUGGUGUCCAUCGUGUCAGCCAAGCACGGGCAGGCCCUGGUGAGCGACGCCGAAUACCGGCACUACCUGCACCAGUGGAUCUGCCUCCCCGACCAGAACGAUGUGAUCCAUGCCAGGCAAGCCUACGACCUCCAGAGUGAUGCUGUUUAUAAAGCUGAUUUGGAAUGGCUGCGGGGAAUCGGAUGGUUGCCAAAUGAUUCCCUUGGAGUCAAGCAUGUCAAAUAUGCUGGAGAUCUCCUGAGUGAGAGGAAGUACCGCACAAAAGCUGAAACUCUCCCGUUCACUCCCGUGGCUGACAGAGUUGAUUAUGUCACAGCAAAGAAUAGCACUGAAAUCCUCAGUGAUAUUAAAUACCACAAAGAAUGGAAUGAGGCCAAGACAAAUUAUACUCUCACAGAUACACCACAGCUGGACAUGGCCCGAGAGGCAGCCAGAAUUCUAAAUCAGAAUUUGUACAAGGAAAGCUGGGAGAAAGAAAAAGCCACUGGUUACCUCCUGCCUCCUGACACGGUGCAGAUCUCUCAUGCCAAGCACUCGAGUGAUGUCCAAAGUGAGCUGAAAUACAAAGCUGAGUAUGUCAAGCAGAGAGGUCACUACGUGGGAGUUCCCAAGAUGAGGGAUGACCCCAAGCUGGUGUGGUACGAGCACGCGGGCGAGAUCCAGAACGACAGGCUGUACAAAUCAGACUACAACAAAACCAAGUCCAAAAUCCACAUACCUUCAGAUGCCAUGGCAGUUGUGGCAGCAAAGGAGGGCCAGAACUUGGUCAGUGAUGUUGACUACAGGCAGUACCUGCACCAGUGGACCUGCCUUCCUGACCAGAAUGAUGUGAUCCACGCACGGCAGGCCUACGACCUGCAGAGUGAUAAUGUCUACAAAGCUGAUUUGGAGUGGCUCCGUGGCAUUGGUUGGAUUCCUCUUGAUUCAGUGGAGCAUAAGAAGGUUAAGAAUGCACAAGAACUGAUAAACAAGAGAGCAUACACCAAAGAAGCCCUGGAUAACUUUUCCAAAUACACCAGCGUGGUUGACACUCCUGAGAUCACUUUGGCAAAGAUGAACUCUGUCAAUCAGAGUGAUCUAAAAUACAAAGAAACAUUUAACCAGGAGAAAGGCCAGUACAUUGGGUCUGAUGAUACUCCUGCUCUGCACCAUGCCAAAGACAUGGCCUUGCUCCACAGUGAGAAACAUUACAAGAAGGCUUGGGAACUGAGCAAGCCCAUUGGAUACUCUCUGGAUGAGAAAUAUGUUCCACUUGUGGGAGCCAAACAUGCAAACCAAAUCAACAGUGAGCGUAAAUACAAGGAAAUAUAUGAGAAGCUGAAAGGCCACUACCUGGCUGGGAAGGAUAUUGGUGAUUUCCCCAGUGUCAUUCACUCCCGGGAAUUCCAGAAAAUGAGGAGCGCGCUGGCCUACAGAAAGAACUAUGAAGACACCAAGAAGAAUGUCCAUAUCCCCACUGACAUGAUGAACCACGUCCUGGCCAAGAAGUGCCAGCACAUCCUCAGUGACCUGGAGUACCGCCACUACUUCCACCAGUGGAGCUGCUCCCCUGAGGAGAACGAUGUCAUUCACGCCAGGAGAGCCCAGGAGAUCCUGAGUGAUUCUGUGUAUAAAGAUGACUUAAACUGGCUGAAGGGACUUGGAUGUUAUGUCUGGGAUACUCCACAAAUCCUACAGGCUAAGAAAUCCUAUGACCUGCAGAGCCAGAUAAAAUACACCUCUGCAGGGAAGGAGAACUUCCAGAACUUCAGUGUGGUUACAGACACCCCUGUCUAUGUGACUGCUCUGCAAAGUGCUGCCAACGCCAGCGAGGUGAAGUACAAGGAGGAAUUCCACAAAACUAAGGACAAGUACACAACUGUGACUGAGACAGUGGAUUCAGAAAGAGUUCAGAGUUUGAAACACCUCUAUAGUGAUAAUCUCUACAAGAAGGCCUGGGAUAAAGUGAAGGCCACCAGCUAUGCACUGCCCUCAGAUUCUGUAGCCUUGGCACGUGCUAAAGAACUGAAGCACAAUGCAAGCAUUGUCAAAUACCGUGAGGAAUAUGACAAGUUCAAAGCCCUGUACACCCUCCCCAGAGGUGUUGAGGAUGAUCCCAACACAGAAAGGUGCCUCAGAGUUGGGAAGCUCAACAUUGAUCGCCUGUACAAAGAAGCCUAUGAGAAGACCAAAGCCAAGGUGCACAUUGUGCCAGACAUGAUGGACAUCAUCUCAGCCAAGGAUGCCCAGAAGAAGAUCAGCGAGGUCGAUUACCGCACGCGGCUCCACGACUGGCUGUGUCUGCCAGACCUGCAGGUCAACAUCCAUGUGAGACAAGUCACAGACCAAGUCAGCGAUGUGAUCUACAAGGAUGAUCUGAACUGGCUGAAAGGCAUUGGCUGCUUUGUCUGGGACACUCCUGAAAUCCUCCAUGCCAAGCAAGCCUAUGACCUUCGCAGUGAUAUUAAGUACAAAUCUAAGGCAGAAAAAAUGAAGAAGGACUUCACUGUGGUCACGGACACUCCUGUCUAUGUCCAGAAUGUGAUCAGUGCCUUGAAUUUAAGUGAAGCUGUCUAUCGUGGUGAUUACAAGAAGAAUGUCCAAGGCAAGAUGAUCCCCACUGAUAAAACAGUGGAUCUGGAGCGGGCAUACAAUGCAAACAAAAUACAGAGUGAGAAUUUGUAUCGCUGGGCUGGUGUGAAUGCUCUGCCCACGGGCUACAGCCUUCCCACGGACACUCCCAACUUCCAGCACGCCAAACACGUCAAGCACAUCAGCAGCGAUCUGAAAUAUAAAGAAGCCUAUGAACACAUGAAAGCCAAGGGCUACACUCUGGGACCUAAAGAUGUUGGCUUUGAAAAUGUGAGGAAAGUCAAUCAAGCCAUUAAUGAGAGGCUGUACAGGGCAACCUACCACAGGAACAAGGACAAGAUUCACACCACCCCUGACACACCUGAAAUCCGCCAAGUCAGAGCCACCCAGGAGGCUGUCAGCGAUCUGAUCUACAAGUCAGAUUUCUUCAAGAUGCAGGGCCACCUGAUCUCCCUGCCCUACACCCCUCACGUGCUGCACUGUCGCUAUGCUGGGGACAUCACCAGUGAUAUUAAAUACAAAGAGGACCUGAGGUGGCUGCAGGGCCUGGGCUGCUUCCUCUAUGACACUCCUGACAUGGUCCGGGCCCGUGAGCUCCGCAAGCUCUGGUCUAAUUAUAUCUACACAAGUACUGCCAAGAAAAUGUGGCCUAAAGUCCAGGUGGUGUUGGAUACUCCUGGAUACAGAGCAGUGCAGGAACUAAAAACCCAUCUGAGCGAGCUGGUUUACAGAGCUGCAGGCAAUGAGCUGAAGACAAAAUACACUUCCAUCCUUGAUACACCUGACCUCAUAAGAGCCAAGACAGGACAGAAAAUACAGAGCCAGUACUUGUACGUGGAACUUGCCACAAAGGAGAGACCCCACCAUCAUGCUGAUGGUCAGACUCAAGCCUUUGCACAUGCCAGGAGUGUCAAGGACAUGAUCAGUGAGAAAAAGUACAAAACCCAGUAUGAGAAGAUGAAGGACAAAUACACCCCUGUCCCUGACACGCCAGUGCUGAUCAGAGCCAAGAGAGCCUACCUGAAUGCCAGUGAUCUGCGCUACAAAGAAACCUUUGAGAACACCAAGGGCAAAUACCACACUGUGAAGGAUGCUCUGGACAUUGUCUACCACAGGAAGGUCACUGAUGACAUCAGCAGUGUGAAGUAUAAGGAGAAUUACAUGAGCCAACUGGGGAUCUGGAGAUCCAUCCCAGACAGGCCCGAGCACUUCCACCACCGCCUGGUCACGGAUGCCAUCAGUGAUGUUAAAUACAAGGAAGACCUGGAAUGGCUCAAAGGCACUGGCUGCUAUGUGUGGGACACUCCAGCUUUUGUCCUGGCAGAGCAGAAUAAAGUGCUCUACAGUGGGUGUAAGUACAAGGAGAACUUUGAGAAGACAAAGUCCAAGUUCAAGUACGUGGCUGACUCUCCAAGCAAUGAACAUUUUAAAUAUGCAACUCAGCUGACAGAUAUGAAAAGCUAUAAAUCCCUUGCCAAGAUGCUCCUGCAGCACGGAUGCAAUGAAAUUCUGAGGCCAGAUAUGCUGACAGCACUCUACAACACAUACCUGUGGAGCCAGAUUCAGUACAAGAAAGACUAUGAGAAGAAGAAAGACAAAUACACCACAGUUCUGGAUACUCCAGAGUAUUUACGGACCACAAAGGUCAACAAGCAGAUCAGUGACAUUAUUUACAAGCUGGAGUACAACAAAGCCAAGCCCAAGGGCUACACCACCAUCCAGGACACGCCGAUGCUGCUGCACGUGCGCAAGGUCAAGGACAGGAUCAGUGAUCUGAAAUACAAAGAAAUGUAUGAGAGGAGCAAAUCUCGCUGCAACGUCGUGGCAGAUUCAGUUCACAUCAAAACUCCCAGGCACGCCUACAAACUGAACAGCAACCUGGAUUAUAAGAAGAAAUACGAAGCAGCCAAAGCCCACUGGCACCUGAUUGCUGACAGGCCUGACUUCAUCCAGGCAGCCAAGUCCUCUCUGCAGCAGAGUGAUUACGAAUACAAACUGGACCGGGAAUUCCUCAAGGGGUGCAAACUCUCUGUCACAGAUGAUAAAAACACAGUGCUGGCCCUCAAUAAUGCCAUCCUGGCCAGUGAUAUAAAAUACAAAGAGAAGCACAACAAAGCCCGUGGGACCUACCACGUUGUUCCAGACACCCCUCAGAUCCUGCUGGCUAAGAACGUCAGCUCCCUGGUGUCUGAGAACAAGUACAAGGAGCAGAGCAAGAAGCAGCUGCCCCAUGGCUCCUUCACCACCCUGCCCGAGACCAGGGACACUGUCCACGUCAAGGAGGUGACCAAGAACGUCAGCGAGACAAACUACAAGAAGAAGUUUGUGAAGGAGAAGGGCAAAUCCAAUUAUUCUGUCAUGCUGGAGCCUCCUGAGGUGAAACAUGCCAUGGAAGUGGCUAAAAACCAGAGCACAAUUGAAUACAAGAAAGAUGCCAAGUCCAAACUCCACUACACACCUAUAGCAGAUCGACCAGAUAUUAAGAAAGCAACUCAGGCUGCCAAAUUAAUCAGCAAUAUUGAAUAUAAGAAGCGUGGAGCAGCAGGUGUGGGUGUGACCAUGCUGGGACGUCCAGACAUUGAGCUGGCCAAGGAGGUGUCCAAACUGACCAGCCAGGCAGAGUACCUCAAACAACACAUGAGAGGCCACGGAGCUGCUUCCUAUGACACCCCCUGGAUGAGAACCUUUAAGAAAGCAAAUAUGCUAAGUAGUCAUGUGAAAUACAAGGAGAACUUUGCCAAAGAGUUGGGUAAAAAGCCAAAAUACGACUUGAAGGAGGCCAAAAUCUACAAGACCCUGAAGGAUGCCCACAACAUGGCCAGUGAGGUGAAGUACAAGGCAGACCUGAAGAAGCUGCACAAGCCCGUGACGGACAUGAAGGAGUCGCUGCUGAUGAACCACGUGCUGAGCACCAGCCAGCUCGCCAGUGCUUACCAGUACAAGAAGCAGUAUGAGAAGAGUAAGGGUCACUACCAUGUGGUGCCAGAUAAUCUUGAACAGGUUCAUCUCAGGGAGGCCUCAGAGCUCCAGAGCCACGUGAAAUACAGAGAAAAGUAUGAGAAGGAAAAAGGAAAGCCCAUGUUGGACUUUGAAACUCCCACAUACCUGACUGCAAAGGAGUCUCAGCUCAUGCAGAGCGAGAAAGAAUAUAAGAAGGACUUUGAAGAGUCCAUGAAGGGCAGGAACCUCACUGGCCUGGAGGUCACACCAUCCCUCUUGCAUGUCAAAUAUGCCACCAAAAUAGCGAGCGAGAAAGAGUACAGGAAGGAUCUGGAGGAGGGAGUCAAAGGGAAAGGACUGACAGCCUUGGAGGAGACUCCAGACAUGCUGAGAGCCAAGAAUGCCACUCAAAUCCUGAACGAGAAGGAGUACAAGCGGGCCCUGGAGCAGGAGAUCCGCGGGAAGGGCCUGACCGAGCUGGCGCUGGAGACGCCGGAUUUCGUGCGCGCCCGGAACGCCACCGACAUCGCCAGCCAGAUCAAAUACAAACAAUUGGCAGAAAUGGAGAAAGCCAACUACACCAGUGUUGUUGAUACUCCAGAGAUUAUUCAUGCCCAGCAGGUCAAGAACCUUUCCAGCCAGAAAAAAUACAAAGAAGAUGCAGAGAAAAGCAUGCCCUACUAUGUGCCUGUGGCUGACACACCAGAAAUGCAGAGGGUCCGAGAGAAUCAGAAGAACUUUAGCAAUCUUCAGUACCAGUCAGACCUACAGAACAGCAAAGGAAAAGUCACAGUGGUUCAGGACACCCCAGAAAUCCUGAGGGUGAAGGAAAACCAGAAGAAUUUCAGCUCGAUUUUGUAUAAAGAAGAUAUUGGAACUGGAACCACAAUUGAAAAGACCCCAGAGAUGCAGAGAGUUAAACGAACCCAGGAUAAUAUCAGCUCGGUGAAGUACAAGGAGAGCAUUGGCAAAGGGACUCCCAUUCCCGACCUGCCCGAGGUGAAGCGCGUCAAGGAGACCCAGAAGCACAUCAGCUCGGUGUUGUACAAGGAGGAGCUGGGCACAGGCACCCCCACGCCCGUGACCCCAGAAAUGGAGCGGGUCAAACGCAACCAGGAGCAGAUUAGCUCGGUGUUGUACAAGGAGGGUUUAGGGGCUGGCACUGCCACGCCGGUGACGCCGGAGAUGGAGCGGGUCCGACGGAACCAGGAGCACAUCAGCUCGGUGUUGUACAAGGAGGGGCUGGGGGUUGGCACCCCAGUUCCUGUCACUCCUGAGAUGGAGAGGGUCAAACGCAACCAGGAGAAUUUUAGCUCGGUGUUGUACAAGGAGGAGCUGGGGACAGGAACCCCCACCCCUGUCACGCCCGAGAUUGAGAGGGUCAAACGCAAUCAAGAACACAUUAGCUCGGUGUUGUACAAGGAGGAGCUGGGGAGAGGAACCCCCACCCCUGUCACGCCCGAGAUUGAGAGGGUCAAACGCAAUCAAGAACACAUUAGCUCGGUGUUGUACAAGGAGGAGCUGGGGACAGGAACCCCCACCCCUGUCACGCCCGAGAUUGAGAGGGUCAAACGCAAUCAAGAACACAUUAGCUCGGUGUUGUACAAGGAGGAGCUGGGGAGAGGAACCCCCAUCCCUGUCACGCCCGAGAUUGAGAGGGUCAAACGCAAUCAAGAACACAUUAGCUCGGUUCUGUACCGGGAGGAGCUGGGCACGGGCACCCCCAUCCCGGUCACCCCCGAGCUGGAGCGGGUCCGGCGCAACCAGGAGCACCUCAGCUCGGUGUUGUACAAAGAGAGCGUGGGGACAGGGACCCCCACUGCUGUCACCCCCGAGAUGGAGAGGGUCAAACGCAACCAGGAGAUUUGCAGCUCGGUGCUGUACAAGGAGAACAUAGGGAAAGCCACCCCCACGCCCGUCACCCCCGAGAUGGAGAGAGUCAAACGCAACCAGGAGAUCAUUAGCUCGGUUUUGUACAAGGAAAAUGUGGGGAAGGUGACCCCGACCCCCAUCACCCCCGAGAUGGAGAGAGUCAAACGCAAUCAAGAGAUCAUUAGCUCGGUGUUGUACAAAGAGAACGUGGGGCAGGCGACCCCCACGCCCGUCACCCCCGAGAUGGAGCGAGUCAGACGCAACCAGGAGCAGAUUAGCUCGGUUGCAUACAGGGAAGGUUUAGGGAAGGCCACUCCCAGCCCGGUCACUCCGGAGAUGGAGAGAGUCAAGCGGAACCAAGAACAAAUCAGCUCGGUGCUGUACAAGGAGCACAUGGCCAAGGGGACCCCGACCCCGCUGACCCCGGAGAUGGAGAGAGCCAAACGCAACCAGGAGAACAUCAGCUCGGUUCUGUACUCGGACAGUUUCCGCAAGCAAGUCCAAGGAAAAGCCGCCUACGUCCUGGACACGCCGGAGAUGCGGCGCGUGCGGGAGACCCAGAAACACAUCUCCACUGUGAAGUACCACGAGGACUUUGAGAAGAGCAAGGGGAGCUUCACGCCCGUGGUGACCGACCCCAUCACAGAGCGCGUGAAGAAGAACAUGCAGGACUUCAGUGACAUCAGCUACAGGGGCAUCCAGAGGAGGGUGGUGGAGAUGGAGCGGAAACGCGUGGACCAGGACCAGGAGAACAUCACAGGGCUCCGGGUGUGGAGAACCAACCCUGGCUCCGUCUUUGACUACGACCCCGCCGAGGACAACAUCCAGUCCCGGAGCCUGCACAUGAUCUCAGUCCAGGCGCAGCGCCGCAGCCGCGAGCACUCGCGCUCCGCCAGCGCCCUGAGCAUCAGCGGCGCGGCCGACGAGAAAUCCGAGCCCUCGGAGGGCACCGAGCAGCGCCUGUCCUACUACAGCAACGGGGGCUUCUUCACCACCACGGCCACAGGUACAGUGGGCUACAAGCAGGUCAAGACCAUUGAGCUGCCACAGCAACGCUCCUCCUCAGUGGCCACCCAGCAAACCACGGUGUCCUCGGUGCCUUCCCACCCCUCCACUGCUGGGAAGACGUUCCGGGCCAUGUACGACUACACGGCGGCGGACGCGGACGAGGUGUCCUUCAAGGACGGGGACACCAUUGUCAACGUGCAGGCCAUCGACGAGGGCUGGAUGUACGGCACCGUGCAGAGAACCGGCAAAACCGGCAUGCUGCCCGCCAACUACGUGGAGGCCGUGUGAGCCCGGCCGGGGAGGGUGCCCUGGGGACGGGACAGCUCAGCCUGGGGAGGGACAGCUCAGCCUGGGGUGGGACAGCUCAUCAAGGGAUGGGACAGCUCAGCCUGGGAUGGGACAGCUCAUCAAGGGAUGGGACAGCUCACCCUGGGGUGGGACAGCUCACCCUGGGAUGGGACAGCUCAGCCUGGGAUGGGACAGCUCACCCUGGGAUGGGACACCUCCCCCAGGAGUGGGACACCGUCCCCAAGCCCUCCUGGCCCCCUCAGCCCCAACAGGAAUAACUGCAGAGCAAAACACACCUGGAAUAUUUCACGCCAUGUUUCCAAAAGUACCUCUAAGCACAUCCUGCCUUUCUCCCAGUGCCAAACAGUCCCAAUUUUUUCUGGUAUUUCAAACAUUUCAUCUAAUAUAUUAGAUCAGAUGUAGAUAUCUAACAUAUCUACAUACUAAGAUACUACACAACAUCUCCAAAAUUCCAUUGCUAAAGAUUAACACACACAUUAUAGGAUUCAUUAUCCAACAAAGAGAAUUUUUAUGGGCUGUUCUAAAAUGUUUCAAUCUCUUUAAUUUCGUUUUCCAUUUAAGCUUUGGAUUUCAACCCGAUUUAUUUGGGGAGGGAAAAGCAAGCACCCCUCUCCUGCUUGCUGAGCUCUCAUGAAUGUUCUCCUGCAACUGUUCUGGGGGCAAAAGCUGUGAUUUCUUGUAAAUUAGUGAUGAAUAAAGCUGAGGUUUCUGCAGUA